GGGAGGAAGGGCCGCGGCUCCAUCUUCGUGUGGGCUUCAGGCAACGGCGGGCGCAGCAGAGACCACUGCUCCUGCGACGGCUACACAAACUCCAUCUACACCAUCUCCAUCUCCAGCACGGCCGAGAGCGGGCGGAAGCCGUGGUACCUGGAGGAGUGCUCGUCCACGCUGACCACCACCUACAGCAGCGGGGAGAACUACGACAGAAAGAUUAUCACAACAGACCUGAGACAUCGGUGUACAGACAGUCACACGGGGACAUCCGCCUCGGCUCCCAUGGCCGCUGCCAUUAUUGCUCUGGCCCUGGAGGCAAAUCCUCAACUGACAUGGAGAGACGUUCAGCAUAUCAUUGUGAAGACCUCCAGAGCGGGACAUCUCAGCGCCCCCGACUGGAAGACCAAUGCUGCUGGUUACAACGUCAGCCACCUCUACGGCUUCGGUCUGAUGGACGCCGAGGCGAUGGUGAAGGAGGCAGCACGAUGGAAGCAAGUCCCUACACAGCACGUCUGUGUGGAGAGCGCUGACCGACAAAUCAGAACCAUCCGUCCAGAGCACGUGGUCCGGUCGGUGUACAAGGCGACGGGAUGCACCGACAACCCCAACCACCACGUCAUCUACCUGGAGCACGUGGUCGUCCGGAUUACAAUCACACACCCUCGCCGUGGGGACCUGUCAAUCAACCUGACCUCGCCCUCAGGGACCAAGUCUCAGCUGCUCGCCAACAGGUUGUUUGAUCACUCCAUGGAGGGUUUUAAGAACUGGGAGUUUAUGACCACCCACUGCUGGGGGGAGAAGGCAGCAGGCGACUGGGUCCUGGAGAUUUACGACUCACCUUCUCAACUCCGCAGCCAGAAAGUCCCCGGCAAGCUGAAGGAGUGGUCGCUGGUGCUGUACGGCACCUCGGUGCACCCGUACCUGCGCAGCGAUAAGCCGCGCUCCACAGACAUACUGACGCCCACCGAGGAGGAUUUCACCGAGGAGUACAACGGCCCCUGUGACUCUGAGUGCAACGACGGCUGUGAAGGUCCUGGACCCCAUCACUGCAUCAACUGCCUGCACUACUUCCUCAAGUUCAAGAACAACACCAGGAUGUGCGUGUUCGAGUGCCCCAGUGGCUUUUUCCGCGACGACAGGAAGCGCUGCAAGAAGUGCUCCUCGUUGUGCGAGACCUGCGUCGGCAGCCGCAGCGACCAGUGCACCACAUGUCGGCCCGGUUUCCACCUCAACGAGGGCUCCAACACGUGUGUGGCCACCUGUGGGGAAAGCUUCUACCUCGACCACGAUUCCAACAUUUGCAGGAGAUGUUCAGAGAACUGUAAGAAGUGCACCUCCUCCAAUAUCUGCACAGAAUGUAAACCUGGCAUGAGUCUACAAGCAAACAAGUGCCAGAUGACCUGUGACGUGGGCACUUACUACAACGGCCACAGAACGACCUGUGAGCCGUGUCAUCGGGCCUGUGCCACUUGUGCAGGCACGGGGAUCGAGGCGUGCACGAAAUGUGCAGAGGGCUACUUACUAGAGGACUGGCGGUGUGUGUCGACAUGCAGCGCUGGAUACUACUUGUCAGAGCAGACCGCAGACAACGGGCAGGUUCAGAGGUCCUGUAAGAAGUGUGACCAUAGCUGCUUAGAGUGCUCGGGGCCCGGCGAGAGAAACUGCAGCAGCUGUGUCGGUGGUUACAAUCUGGAGGCGGGAGCCUGCGUGGUCAGCACCAUCUGCAAAGAUGGACGCUACAUGAGUCAUGGAAAGUGUCACCUGUGUGAUGUUACCUGUGCACAGUGCUCGGGUCCCGAGAGAGAGGACUGCACCAGCUGCCCUGAGAACCGGUUGUACGACGAGGGAAGCUGCGUCAUCCGCUGUCAGAAGGGGCGCUACGCGAUGGGACGGCAGUGUCACUUCUGUCACCACACCUGCCACGAGUGCACAGACGAGGGACCCGACAACUGCACCAGAUGUGACAAAGAUAAGUUCGAAGUGGACAGGUACCUCUAUCAGGGUCAGUGUCGAGACGUCUGUCCGGCGGGAUUCUUCCACUCCGCAUGGAGACAGUGUGAACCCUGUCCUGCAGAAUGCCUAAUCUGUUCAGCAGCAGACCACUGCCUCCACUGUAACCCCGGACAACGGGUCAAGAACGGCCAGUGUGUCCCGCUGGAGUGCAGUCAAGGCGAGGUUGAAGAUGUAGAAGAUGAGGACUGUCUUCCAUGCGACGAGGGCUGCAAGCAAUGUCAACGUAAGGGUUCAGGAGAUCUGGAAACUGUCUGCCUCAAAUGUGAAGAUGGAUUCUACCAGUUGGGCUCGUAUUGUCAUCAUAUGUGUCCUGACGGGACCUACAAUGUGGACGCCGACAUGGUGUGUGCUCCGUGUGAAGACAAGAAGUGUGCCAUCUGUGACCAGUCCCAGUGCUACUGGUGUGAAGAGGGACACUACGUCUUUGAGGGAGAGUGUGUGGAUCACUGUAAGGAAGGUUUCUUUGUGGACGAGGAGAGCCAGGAGUGUGAGCCCUGUCACCGCACCUGUCUGGACUGCGGAGGGCCGCGGUACGACGACUGCGACUCCUGCGAGGAAGGCUUCAGGCUGAAGAACGGGGAGUGUUUGGAGGGCAGACAGCUUGCCUCCUGCCCGGAGAAACACUUCAGAAACGCUCGGGGUGAAUGUGAGCAGUGCCACUCGUUCUGUAAGACCUGCUUUGGAUCAACGAGGGAGAACUGCAGCAGCUGCUCCUCAGGUCGCUUCCUGACUGCUCGACAGACCUGUGUGACUCGCUGUCUGUCCGGCACGUUUGCCAACGAGGCGUCAAGUCGCUGUGAGGAGUGCUCUGAAGGCUGUGUCAUGUGUCAGGAUGACAAACACUGCCAGCACUGCCGCAGUGGGCUUUACCUGCACAAAGAUGUGUGUGUGGUGGACUGUCCCAGGGGUUUUCCUCAGGACGGUGUUUGUCAGCUGUGUGAGCCACAGUGUGAAUCCUGCAGGGGAAACUCCACUCACUGUCUGAGCUGCGGGCUGCAUUACUUCCUGCUGGAUCACUCCUGCACGUCACACUGUCCGGAGGGAUAUCACGCCAGCGAGACCCAGUGCCACCGCUGCCCAGCUCACUGCAGAGAGUGCAAUGAAGACGGCCUGUGCAAGAAGUGUGCCCCUUAUUACUUCCUCCAUGACGAUAAGUGUGUGGACGAUUGUCCCGCUGGCUUCUUUGCCAGCGAGGGGCAGCAGGAUUGUAUGCGCUGCCACGCUGAUUGUGCCUCGUGUGACGGCCCGGACUUUGACGACUGUGAUGUGUGUCGCAACCCCGCAGCCGUCCGUUACAGAGGAGAGUGUCUGCCCGACUGUCCCGAAGAGACCUACCAUGAUGACAGCACCAACGAGUGCAGAGAUUGUGACAAGACAUGUUCGAGCUGCUCAGGCCCCGAGCCCUCGUCCUGCCUCGUCUGCAACACAAACAGGCACAAAGACGCCAGCGGACACUGUGUGUGGUACAGUCAGUGCUCCCUGCGCUCCUACAUAGACACCAAUGGAGAGUGCCGACAUUGUCACAAACUGUGCCAUCGAUGUUACGGGCCGGGCAAACACCAAUGCUUCAGCUGCAAUGAUCCGCUCUUCCUUCUCAACAGCACAUGUGUGCAGCAGUGUCCUGUGGGUUACCAUGCCGACGACAAUGAUGAAAACGUGUGUGAGCGCUGUCACUUCAGCUGCAAGUCGUGUGCGGGUCGUCACAGCGUUCAGUGUCUCGCCUGUGAAACGGGAUUCUUCAAAGAGGGAAGCAGCUGCGUGGAAACCUGUUCAGAGAGUCACUUUGGAAACACCAACACGAUGGUGUGUGAGCGCUGUGACCCGUCCUGCAGCCGUUGUUGGGCGGGAGGAAACAGAAACUGUCUGAGCUGUCGGGAAGGUUACGUCUACCUGAGACAGCGGGGACAGUGUCUGAAGAGCUGCCCUCCAGGCUACUACCAGAGAGGACACUCCAACACCUGCUACCAGUGUCACCCCACCUGCAAGACCUGCAACGACAGGGGCGCUUCUUCCUGCCAGUCCUGUUACGACGGCUUCAAGUACAUGGGUGGAAUCUGUGAAUCCAAAUGUCUUGUAGGCUUCUACGCUGCGUCAAAGGGCAAUGAUCCAAUCUGUAAAGCGUGUGACCCGUCCUGCCUUGACUGCCGAGGUCCCACAUCAAAGAACUGCACAGUGUGUCCUGCCCUCCAGAUGCUGUCAGACGACGGCCGCUGCUUGUCCUGCUGUGGAGACAAAGCACGGCACGACAGUAAACCGUUGUCCUGGGAGUGCUGUAACUGUAGCAUCUCAUGGGACGAGUGCAUCAUGGGAGUGAACUUUGUCAUAAGGGACACGUGGGCUAUAGAGGCUCAACACAACACCACCAGGCUCCUCAUCACCGCCUGCGUCCUACUCAUCCUCGCCAUGGGAGGAGGGGUCUUCCUCUACCUCAACACUCGAUCCAAAUUCCAAACCCUCGCACCAAAAAUCAAAUCUGGAGGCUACGAGAAACUGGACACUAACGGAGACGUCGCCGCGCAACCAGCCACCUCUCCAUUCGGGGAGUACAGCGACCGAAUCAUGGAGGGUGAGGACGAAGAGGAGGAGGACGAUGAAGAUAUUGUGUACAUGGGGCAAGACGGGACGGUCUACAAAAAGUUCAAGUACGGACUCUUGGACGAGGAGGAGAUUGAGCUCGAGUACGACGAUGAGAGCUACUCGUUCGGUUGAAGAAGAAAGCUCAAAAGACAUGAGGGGGAAGAAAUAUCCUCUGAAAUGUGACACUAAGUCUAAAUAUGUUGUUUGUCAUUUGUUAGGGUUCUACACACUCGAAUGUGAUUGGUCAGAUUUUGCGUCAACUGAUCGUCGAAUGUUGUUUUUUCUGUGAUUAAUCCAUAUUCUUAUUUGAAACAGAGAAUUCACUUUUUGUCUUCUAGACUUGGAAUGACAUUCUAUUCUAUGAUCGGACUUGAUCCAUCCUUUUUCUCACUCAUCAAGUCUGAUGACCUCAUAGCGAUAUUACACAUGCUCAUUUACUAAAAAGAACCCGUACACACACCGACGGCCCACCUGCGGGCCGUCAGAGUGUGUGCGGAUUCAACCACCACAGGAGCCACAAUCUACUCAUCAGUCAGACACCAACAAGGAAACAAAGACUUACCAUUUAGAGAUUUACUGAACUUUUCCGAUCGUAAUUUUCAGACAUAAACAGUCCUGCCUGUAUAUCUGAAAGGUUGGCAGUGGAAUGAGGCUGUUUUGAACGUGUCGUGGAAUAUUUGACUAUUUGGAGUCACGCCUACUCGUUUGAGUGUGAAAGUUUCUUUUGAACAAAGUAUUUUCAAAGUAAUUAUUAUUAGGAAUCGUCUUGAAGACACUCCAGUCACUCCAUGAGACGUUUAGUCAUCACACCUGAUUGUUUUCUGCUUAAACUCGUCUCCAACCCUUUAAAACACUCCCUAUAUGAAGUUAAGCUGGUUCAACAGAUGGCACUGAUCAGUUUUUGUGUGUUUUUAAAAUUUGAGUUCUUUUUGUCUUUUGGGACCACAGUUUUAAAAAAAAAAAAUGUUUUACUAAAUCUUGAAAGAACCAACUCGAUUUUUCUCUGCAGUACUCCGGUUUUUAAGAUUUGAGAUCUUAUCACAUUUUGUAAGUGAGGAUGAGGACGGAGUAAUGUACCAAAGAAAAGUGAAUGAGGUUUAUCUAAAAUGAGACAGCAUCGCAGGGAAUAAAUAUAAUCCAAAGAGGUACUAUAACAAGGAAUGUAACAAGCACUUCAAAAAAGGAAUAAAAACAGAAGCUUGAAUUCAGAGCACACUGCCUGUAGUUACACUUUCUGAUCUUAUUAGUGCUCAGAUAUAAUUUUCUCUCCCAACAGGGCAUCUUUUUAUCGAGAUAAACCGUGUAAAACCAUCUCCAACCCAUGAUUUCUUUUUGCUAAUUUAGGUGCAAUUAAUUUAGUUAUUGAUAACAUUUGGCCGACUUGUUUCCCAUGACUUUGAUUUUUAUUUAUUUUUUUAAACUGGAUAAUUAAAUUUGCUGAAAACAUUUUACCAGUUAGAUGAUUGGACAAAAAGGUGUAUGUUUAUCGGCAAGCCCCAAAAAUGUUCAUGCAUUAAAACAUACAAAGUUGUAAUCAUCUGAAUAUUUAAUCAUUUAACCUGCAGGUCUUCUGAAACCUGUUUGAUUAAUGAGUAAGCGUGUCAGAUGUGGUUACUUGGCAACGUAGAGUCUGGUGAUUUACCUCUUUCUAAUAUCAGUUUGUAACUGGUUUACUUUGAUAUUUUGCAAACUUUUCACUUUGUUUCAAGCCUUUUUUUUUUUUAAAAGUCAUAGAUGUAAAAAAAAAAGAUGAUGAUUUCUGUAAAACAUCAGGGAAAGUUGUGUUUCACUCUCAUAUUUGUGUUUCUGUGUCGUUUACAUUUUCUGAAAUAAAUCCUUUAAAUUUAAAA